AUGGACAUGGCCCAGGACCAAAGCAUGCAUGCAGAGAAGGGCAGAAGGUCGACAUCAAUAGGUCAAUCUGAAGCUAAAGAAGUGGUGUCUUGGCCUCUUGGUCUCUUUGAUGGGAGCCAAGAAAGGGUUGGACUCCACUCACAAUUUGCAGGUUCUAAGAUGCCAAAUGAAGUCUGUAAAGUUUGUCGUCGGUCCCUGGUACCUUUGAUUCCAAACUUGACCACCAAACCAGCUGAACCUACUGCAACCAGUGGCCAAAUUGAGAAAGGGGAUUAUGACAAGUGGAUCACUGCAAAUAGGAAGUCUUUGGCUGUUAUUAAAAUUGUUUUGCCUGAGUCUAUCAAGGAUAAUGUUGCUAAAAAGGACACUGCUUUUGAGUAUUUGACUGUAAUAAAAGCUAAGUUUGAUAGCUCUAAGAAAUCACAGGCUCACGAUCUCAUAAACGAAUUGACUGGGGCUAGAUUUGAUAGAGUUGGAAGUGCUAGAGUGCAUAUACUGGAACUAGUUUCCCUGGGAAACAAGUUCAGAGUCACUCAAACUCUAAUUGAAUAUGAUUUGCAAGUUGGGACAGAUAUUGCUAUUACAGACCCACCAUCACCUCCUGAUACUGCUGAUAUUGGCAGUUUUCCACCUGAACCUAUGAAUGUGAAAAUAGCCUUUCUGAAUGGAGAGCUGUCAGAACAAGUGUAUAUGAGACAACCAGAAGGUUUUAAGGAAAAGGGUAAAGAGGAUUUUUUUUGUAUGCUGAAAAAGUCUCUUUAUGAGUUAAAGCAAGUAUCUCAACAAUGGUACUUGAAAUUUGAUCGAGUUGUGACUUCUUUGGGUUUUGAAGAGAAUCCAAUCGAUCAGUGUAUAUAUCUGAAGCUCAGUGGGAGUAAUUUCAUCUUUCUUGUGCUCUAUGUGGAUGACAUUCUGUUGGUUAGCAGCAACAAGACCUUAUUAAUGGAGACCAAGAGUUUUCUUUCAGAAAACUUUGAAAUGAAGGACAUGGGUGAAGCUAGUUAUGUGCUUGGAAUUGAGAUUAGUCAUGAUAGGCCGCGGGGGUUACUUGGGCUAUCACAAUAG